GCCCUGCGGAAAGAUGGCCGCCGCGGGUCGUCCUCACGCGGUAGGAGCCACCUCCCUAACGACCUCGGCCGCUUCCGCACCGGCCCGGAAGCGGAUCCGCUCCGUCUCCUAGCAGCGGCGGGAGCCGGGAGGGAGCCGCCCGGGGCGGCUUGUGGCUGUGCUACAGUAUUCAGAGGACAUCUAUGACUGAUGUUUUCAAUGUAAUUCCACUUAAUGAGGUUAUGGGAGAGAGGGAGCCAUGUCAGAGGAGGCUGUUACCGAGGCACGCUUUUCUCUGAAGACAGUGGCUCUACGGGCAUUUCACCUUCCUGUGUCUUGGUAUCACUCUCUCACACAGAUAAAUCUUUCACCUGGUUUAAAGAAGCUGUUCACAGUCACAGCAGUGAGUGCCAUAUCUGUCAUUUUUCUGGCCCAUCAUUUCAAAAGAAAACGUGGAAGGAAAAACAAGCAAGUGUCCCAAUGGGAGCCAGGUCAUCUACUAUUAGAAUGUACCAAAGCAGCUGCAUCAGAAAAAGGUUCAAGUUGUUCCAGUAGCCGACAAAACUUGACUCUUUCUCUGAGCUCUGCCAAGGAAAAAGGAUCACAGUCAUGUAUCUAUGCAAAUGGAGGGCUUUUCAGUAAAUACUCUGGUUCAGUUCAGAGUCUGGUCUCAGUUCAGAGUGCCACCUCUUGUCACAGCUGUGCUUGUGCCAAUUCUAAUUCCUGGGAUAAAGCAGAUGAAGAGGAUAUUAAGCUUGUUAAUAUUCCAGUGACUACACCUGAAAACUUAUAUUUGAUGGGUAUGGAGCUCUUUGAAGAAGCACUGCGUCGAUGGGAGCAGGCAUUAACUUUCCGUAACAGGCAAGUGGAAGAUGAAGCAAGCUGUAGUUCCAUCAAGCUGGGAGCAGGAGAUGCAAUUGCAGAAGAAAGUGUAGAAGAUAUUAUUAGUGCUGAAUUCAUCCAUAAGCUUGAAUCCCUGCUUCAAAGAGCUUAUCGUCUCCAGGAGGAGUUUGAGGCCACCCUUGGGACCUCUGAUCCUGCUUCUCUGGCUAAUGAUAUUGAUAAAAAUACAGACAUUACUGUAAAGGAUAACACGGAUGAUUUUUGCCUUCGCGAUACAUUAAGCAUUGCAUCAACGGACUCUUUUGUUUCCACAGCUGAGCUUACGGAGCAUAGAGAAGUUCGUAAUACCUAUGGGCUAGAUUCCCUUUGCCAUUGCCCACUGUAUGAAGAAGCAAUGCACUUAGCAGAAGAAGGCAAAGUUUAUUCACGAGUAUUAAGGACUGAAAUGUUUGAAUGUCUUGGGGACAGCGACUUCCUUGCUAAGCUUCAUUGUAUUCGACAAGCUUUCCAGAUAAUUCUUUCAGAAACAGCAAACAGAAUAUUUCUUGCUGAAAGUGGAAGAAAAAUUUUAUCUGCCCUAAUUGUGAGAGCACGAAAGAAUCCAAAGAAAUUUGAAGAUGUCUUUGAUGAAAUGAUAUAUUUCUUGGAACAAACGGAUCACUGGGAUAAUACUGAAAUGGAACUUGCUGCUAGAGGAGUAAAAAACUUGAAUUUUUAUGAUGUUGUUCUGGACUUCAUAUUGAUGGAUUCAUUUGAAGAUUUAGAAAAUCCACCAAUAUCUAUACAGAAUGUAGUAAACAACCGCUGGCUGAAUUCCUCUUUUAAAGAAACAGCUGUGGCUUCGAGCUGUUGGUCAGUACUGAAGCAGAAAAGACAGCAAAUGAAGGUACCUGAUGGAUUUUUUGCUCAUUUCUAUGCUAUAUGUGAACAUAUCAGCCCUGUUUUGGCAUGGGGUUUUUUGGGUCCUAGAAAUUCCCUUUAUGACUUAUGCUGCUUCUUCAAGGAUCAAGUGCUUUUCUUCCUCAAAGACAUCUUUGACUUUGAGAAGGUGCGAUACUCAACUAUGGAGAGUUUGGCUGAAGACCUCAUGCAAUUAUUAAUCCGACGCACUGAACUUUUGAUGGCCUAUCUUGGAGCAGAUUCAUUGAAACAUGCCAGUGCUUGUGUAAGUGGUCAUGGGCAUGUGAUGACCAGUGGGCUCUUAGAAGCAAAGGCUCAGUAAGCUUAAAACCCAUGAGAUAUGAGAUGGAGUGCACUUUGAUAUGCUCCUUCCCACCUUUCUUUCCCACCCCAAAGCUUUCAUUGCUGUUAAUGAGCAAACAUCUGACAAUGUACCAUGUUGCUAAGUAAGGAAAAGGACUCAGGGAGGAUACACAUCUACAAAAAGAACUGGUGAGCAUACUGUUGUAUAUAUCUAAAUUAAAUGUGCAGCUCAGCUGACAUCAUGUUUAUAUUUAAUGUAUCCCAAAGCUUUUUUUCUGUAAUAUUUUGGUAAAGUUUAUUUAUGAAAUACUGUACUUUUGCCACAGAUAAUUUGUAAGUGGAGCUGAUGGAUGUGUCUCAUGUAAAGGCCUAUAGUACAAAAUGUUCACUACAGAGUCUCAAAGUCAUGAUGUGUCUAGGCCAAGGAGGUGUUUCAGUGGGGGUAUAUGCAGUUAUACAGUCUCUGGUUCAUGUGACACAUGCAAUAAAGGAAUCACAGUCACAAAACUGAACAUGUUGCCACUGCCCUGAAGUUACAUUUGUGUGGAUGUAAGCAGUCGUUUUGUACUACAGUAUAAGAGUGAUGCAGGCACUAUUUGGGCAGUAAUGACUUCCAGUAUGCAUUUUUUUUUGCUUUAUUUUUUGCACAAAAUCUAAUAAUCAUGGAGGUGUUUGAAUGAGACCACUUUUUAUAUCCAAACAGCUAUGCUAGUUUCACCAAUAUUUUUUUUCUUUUUUAAAACUGCAAAGACUUUAAAUGGUGGUGAUGGAUACAAUUCUUAGUUCUUAUGUAGCAUUUCAAAAUACGUUUUUAAAUCAUGAUAAUUUUUUAAUCGUGAAACAGAAUCGAGGGCAGUGUUUUGUAAUUAAAAGCAUUUACGUCUUCCUGCCUUCCUUGUAAGGAGGUCAAUUAUCUAUGUGGGAGGAAAUGUGGUGAUUUUUGGCCAUAAAGGUUAACAUGCAAAAGCGUGGUGGCUCAGGAUAUGGAAACCUUAACAUUGGUUAGGAGGCAAUACAGUAAUGAGGCAUGAGAAAACUUGCAGCAACAUUUUGACUGUGUUAAAGCUGAUAAUGAUCUAUAAUCUUGAAUUCCUUUGAACUGAAACAGUGUUUUCUAGUUAGCUUUUAAACUACGUUGAUGUAUUCUUGGCCACACAAAGCCAGCCUACAAGAAUUCAGCCUGUGUUAAGUAAGUAAUGAGACUAAUUAUAGACUAAUUCUAAACAUUCAGAUAUUCAGGAGCAUGUUGUUGUGAUGUAACAUAUGGAAGCAAACUUUGAUUAGAAACAUUUCAACUGCUGUUGCACAAAUAACCCAAACUGAUGGUACUUGAAGAUGAGGGCCAGUGUCUUUCCAUAGGUUUUACUGAAGCCAACUUUUUGUCGUGUUCAUUUGAUAAAGAUGAUGAAAAAGUAUCAUAUGACUUGUGUGAAAUGCCAACUGAUUAUAUUAAAAAAACAAAAAACAAAAAACAAAAAAUACAAAAAAAAAAACACCCAAAA